AUGGCUUUCCCUACACUGACGACCUCGAAACAUUAUCCUUCUCUCAACGUUGGAGGGCAAUCAACGUCACGAUCCUUUCAUCUUCCACGAAUUAAGGCUGCUGCUGCACUGCUACGACACGGCCAAUCUAAUGUUAACGAACUGAGAUCCCAGAAUUCGCUCCAACCGAUUUCGCGUCUCCCCGAGAACCUGCUGCGCAGGAUAUUCGCCCUAGUCGCUUCCUCGACCAUCGGUCGGGCCGCAUCCCAACUGCCCCUCCUUCCCCCUCGUGGGCGCAACAGUGGGAGCUCACCAUGGAGCUGGGUUGUCCUCACGCAUGUCUGCCAUUCAUGGCGGUCUAUUGCUCUCAGCGACAUCGACCUAUGGCGACACGUCGAUUUUUCCCAUCCAAAGUGGCUGAACAUCACCCUUUCCAGGGCGAAGAUGCAGCCUCUGGACAUCCGGGCUGAAGUCGGGCGACAUAACAUCGAACACCUCCAUCGGACCCUCCAACUCGCACACCGAAUUGGGAGCAUAGAAAUCGACUCGUCCCUGCACCAUAUCCAUGUCCUUCUCUCGAGUCUGGCCCAUCCCAAUCCUCAUAUUCGGUCCAUCACCGUCAGGGUAAACACCGCAGGCCACGGAGUCGAAGACAGCGUCUACGACGAACCUGCCUUCCCCAUGGUCGGUCCCGCUCUACCUGAAAUGACCUACCUCGAACUCCAUUCCGCUCCCUUCUACCUUGUCUCUGGCCGCUACACUUCGUUAACGAAUUUGCAUCUAUACGACUUCACGCCAUGCCAACGACCCACGCUUCAACAAUUCAUUCAUGCACUUUCCAGAUACCCCAACCUUGAACAUUUAACGUUGGACAAUGCUUUCCCACUUGCUUCAAAUUCUGUUCCGUUCCCUAGAGGAUCGCCCACGCUCGGCUCUCAUAGCCCUUCCCUUUCAUCCUCCCCCCUUUCGAGAGCCGGGUCCCCGACAACCUCUCCUCCCGCUGAAGCAAGACUUCAGAUCACCCACCUCCGAACUCUGCGAUUGUCAGGUAGCAUCACUGACAUCGCGGCCAUCCUCGAUGCCGUCUUCCUCCCUCCAGACAUUAAGAUCUCGUGCAGGAUCACCUCUCUAGCUGACUGGGAGCAGUCUAUUUGGAGGCUAUCCCAAGCCUUAAAGGUCCACUCAUACGCUGCCGCUUCCGCGGGACGAAUCCCCGACACCGUCAUUCUAAGCGGGCUGGAAGAGCAAGCGUAUCCUUCAAUCAUGGCUAGCAUGUCCCCACACGGGAACUCGUGUACUAUCCAAGGUGCAAGGAUCUAUGUAUACACUAGGUUAACCAGGGAGAGGCACGGCAGCCCAUCUCCUGGACAUAGUGGGCGUAGGAGAACACCAUCCCCCUCUUCGGCGGCUAGCCAGCCAAACCUUUGGUUAGACCUCUCCAUCGGACCCGACCACUCCCACCCCUCCCGCUCCACCGAAGAAGUCGUCAUCCGAAACUUAUCCAAUGUCUGGAGUGCCCUCCCCGUAUCUAAAGUCCACACCCUCGUGCUACAUGAUCUCGACUUCAUCACCCAGAAGACAUGGACUCACUUUCUCAAGGACUUGCCGUCUCUUCGUGUAGUGGAUAUUGCGGGCCACGCCCCAUCAGGUUUUGUAUGGGCUCUACUUUUGAACGCGAACGCGUGUGUGCAGCGGGAGGCGAAGGAGAGGGAAAGGAAGGAGAAAAGGGAGAGGAAAGCAAUGAGGACAGCCCUCAAAGCCUCCCGUGCUGCUUCUGCUUCGCCUGUGCCAGUCGAUGAUCUUUCUAAUUCGCCUCCCUCUCUCCCACUCGAUGACGGGCAGAUUUCUACUAUCUCCCCUUCGUCCUCUCCACCACCCCUGACUCUCCCACUUUCUCCUAUCUCUCCACUCUCCCCUGUCCCUGUCGCCUCCCGCAAACUCUUCAUCCCGAACUUGAGGGAUAUCUACAUCCGUAACGUUGACUGCUCGAGUGGAGGCUACAUGAUGGCGCCCGACGCACCCGUCAACUCCCUCUUCGACCUCGACGACUCGAGGUUCCUGGACGUCUUGUAUACAUGCUUGCAGGCUCGCGUCAACGCUCAGGAACGGCCUGUCGGGUCGCCUAAUAGCAGAACAUCCCUCCACCAUCCUGCACGCGAUGGUUCGACCGGGCACUCACCCUCUUCUUCUUCUUCUUCUUCGCCAAGACCCGUCGAAGACGUCACCAGACUCCGAAGCUUGACCAUCUCGAAUUGUCGAUUUGUUUCGAAGAGGGUGGCGCUGGACCUUCGAAAGGUCGUUUCGCAUUUGAUGUGGGACCAGAGGGGGAUGGUGAAGGGUGAUCAGGAUGCUUCGGGGGAGUUGCAGGUUGCGAGAUAUCGCAGGGUAGGAGGUGGAUUUGGGAGACCUGGUUCCCCUGGCACAACUCAGAACGGGCAGCCACCUGUGAGGCAUUUUUAUAGGCUGAGGACUCUGCUGGAGGAGAUUUAA